AUGGAUGGGGCCGCCAUGCACCCCCAGGCCGCGCCCCGUCAACACCGUUCCAUUGUGGAGCAAUACCUUGAGCUGCUAGGGGCGGAGGACUCCUUGAGGGGCCCGCUGGCCCUGUCUUGCUGCAGGGAGGGCGGUGGCAGGUGUGUGAAGGCGCCCCAGGUCACGGGAGUCAGAGUGCAGCUGGAGAUGAGCGCUCUGUGGCAGCAAUUUGACCAGCUGGGCACCGAGAUGAUCGUCACCAAGGCUGGGAGGAGGAUGUUCCCUACGUUCCAGGUCCAGAUUUCAGGAAUGGACCCCACUGCAGAGUAUGUCCUACUGAUGGACUUCAUCCCUGUGGAUGACAAGAGAUACAGGUACGCCUUCCACAGCUCAUCCUGGCUGGUGGCGGGACGGGCGGACGCGGCAGCCCCUGGGCGUGUCCAUUUCCACCCCGACUCCCCUGCCCGCGGCGCCCAGUGGAUGAAGCAGACCGUCUCCUUCGACCGGCUCAAACUGACCAACAACCUGCUGGACGACAACGGUCAUAUCAUCCUGAACUCCAUGCACCGGUACCAGCCCCGCUUCCACGUGGUGUUCGUGGACCCACGCCGCGACAGCCAACGCUAUGCCCACCACAACUUCACCACCUUCUUCUUCCCCGAGACCCGUUUCACAGCUGUCACGGCAUACCAGAACCACAGGAUCACCCAGCUGAAGAUAGCCAGUAACCCAUUUGCCAAAGGCUUUCGGACCCCUGGCCCAGAUGACUGGGCGUGCGGCGCCAGGUCUCUCCCUCUCUCUGUCCCCAUCUGUCGGCCGCGGGGUGGGAAACGCGAUCUCAGCGGCUCGGAGGAGCAGCGGCAGCAAAAGCAAAGGCAGCUCGCCACCCUGUCCCUCCAGCCCCUCACAGACGCAGCUCCUGCCUCUCUGUCUUUCCCACUCCCCCACCUAUACAGGGAAACGGGACCCACCUGCUUCAGCUACGCCCCCACAGACUGCACAUACUGA